GUGGUGCGGAGCGUUCGGCGGGCGGCGGCCGGGCGGCCCAGGGGCUGCCGCGGGACUCGGGGCGCAGCCGAGUGGCUGCAGGGGUGGAGUGGGCUGGACGAGCCGCGGGGCCCGGGUGCCGCGGGUUCGAGGCCGGGCCCCGCGCGAGGAGGCCGCGCCACCCCGGGGGAGCUGCCCGGCAGCGAGUUUGCCCCGCUGCCGAAAGAAGGCGGGAGCCGGCGGGGGCCUUCGAAACCCCCUGGCAACCCAGGCCCGGAGUCCUUGGGGAGCGGCUGUUUCCUGGGACGCCCUCCCGGACACCCCCGCUGCAGGGUUACGGUUCUGGGCCCCCGGCAGAAGGCUCCUCCGGGUGACCCCCGGCGGGGCCCUGCGAGCCGCGGGAGCCGACCCCGGGGCCUCGAGCCGGGAGGAAGGGGGCUUCCGGAGGCGGAGGGCCGGGGGCCGAGGGAGCCGGGCCUCUCGGACGCGGGGCAGGGCAGCGCCCGGGCUGGAGACGGACUCUGGGACCCUCGGCUGCGGGGGUCUCAGCGACCUGCCCCGCGGCAAGCGCGGCCGCGGAGUGGCCUACCGGGGACCCUCCCCCAGAGGGACCGGCCCGGGGCGGGGAGAUGAACGGCUUCAGCACGGAGGAGGACAGCCGCGAAGGGCCCCCCGCCGCCCCAGCUGCCGCCGCCCCGGGCUACGGCCAGAGCUGCUGCCUCAUCGAGGACGGCGAGCGCUGCGUCCGGCCCGCGGGCAACGCCUCCUUCAGCAAGAGGGUCCAGAAGAGCAUCUCGCAGAAGAAACUCAAGCUGGACAUCGACAAGAGCGUAAGGCACCUAUAUAUCUGUGAUUUUCACAAAAAUUUCAUCCAGAGUGUCCGAAAUAAAAGGAAGAGGAAGACAAGUGACGAUGGCGGAGAUUCUCCCGAGCACGACACUGACAUUCCUGAGGUUGAUCUGUUCCAGCUGCAGGUGAACACCCUACGACGUUAUAAACGACACUACAAGUUGCAGACCAGACCAGGCUUCAAUAAGGCCCAGUUAGCAGAAACUGUGAGUCGACACUUCAGGAACAUACCUGUGAAUGAAAAAGAGACCCUUGCCUACUUCAUCUACAUGGUGAAGAGUAACAAGAGUAGACUGGACCAGAAAUCGGAGGGUGGCAAGCAGCUUGAGUGAGGAUGAAGCACAUCUUAAAGGAAUGAAGUGUAAUGCUUGAUGCACAGGUGAUAUCUGCUACAUUUAAGCCCAUAAAGACUGUUAAAUAUUAUUGUAAAUAAAAAAGUUUGAAUGAUGAA